CAAUUCUGGGCACCGCAAUUCAAGGUCUGGAACGGGCUCCCAAGGGAGGUGGUGCUCUCCCCUACCCUGGGGGUCUUCAAGAGGAGGUUGGAUAUGCAUCUAGCUGGGGUCAUCUGAACCCAGCACUCUUUCCUGCCUAUGCAGGGGGUUGGACUCAAUGAUCUAUUGAGGUCCCUUCCGACCCUAACAUCUAUGAAUCUAUGAGUGGGGGAGGGGAGCAGUGAGUCCCAUUUUGAGACUUGGGGAAAUAUGGUCACCCUAAUCCAACUUUUUUGAGGAUUUGGGUCUAGGCCCUGAUUUCAGUUGGAUCCUGUAGCACUUUGUAUGCCCUGAUCACAUGUAAAUAGUUUGUGCCUGAUAUUUUGACUUUCUUGCUAGUUUUUUUAAGUCUUUCAGAAGGACUCAGCAGCUGUGGCUCUGUUGCAGAACAUUCAACCCCUGUGAAAAUGGCAGAAAGUGGUGGGCAGGAAAAAGCAAGAUGGUUCACAACAGUUAUUAUGAGUACAGCUCUCCAGAAUCAUGAAAUUGCAGCAUCUCUUCACAGUCAGCAUCAUAGAGUGCGAUACUCAGAUUCAGUGGAAAAUGGAUCCCUCAUUUUCUCUCUUUCUGGUGUUGCAUUUUUAUUGGCAGACACUCAAGAGUUGUUGAUGACAGAAGAUCUAUUUUUAGACAGAAUUGAGAAGUUCAUAAACAUUCAUAGGAAUAGUUUUUUGCUUUUGUCAGCUGCCCUUCAUGGACCAAAAGAAUGGGAUAUAAUGUUUAGAAUUCAGAACAGAUUCCUGGGCAGUAAUUUACGGAUAAUUCCAGUCCAUAAUGCUUCUGAAACUGUUCGGCUCAUGCUAACUAUAGCUAAGACCACCUCUAAACCACACAGAGACAAUAUUUGCUACAGAAUGAUGACGGCAAAAGCUCAGAUUAUAGAACAGAGUUCAGUUUGGAAAAUGCUUCAUCAAAUCCAGUUGGACUGCAACUAA